AUGAAGCUACAGUUGGCUUCUUGUUAUGUGCAAAUUUCUGUGUAUGAAACCAUCCUAAAUCAAACAGCCAUCACAGAAUUUGUCCUCCUUGGAUUUGGAAAUCAUCCUGAACUGCAGAUUCUCCUCUUCUUGUUAUUUCUAGGUAUCUACAUCUUGGCCAUGCUUGGGAACUUUCUCAUUGUUUUGUUGGUUGUAAAUGAUAGGCGUCUCCACACACCCAUGUAUUUCUUCCUGGGGAAUUUGUCCUGCUUGGAAAUUUGCUAUACCUCAACCAUUCUGCCCAGAAUGCUGGACAGCUUUCUAACAGGGAACAGAACAAUCUCUUUCUCUGCUUGCUUUAUACAACUUUAUUUAUUUGGUUUUCUGGUGACUGCAGAAACAUGUCUUUUAUCUGUGAUGUCUUAUGAUCGGUAUUUGGCCAUUUGUAAACCAUUGCAAUAUCAGUUCCACAUGAAUAACAAGGUCUGUAUCUCUUUAGCGGCUGGCUCAUGGCUAAGUGGUUGUUUUUCUGUCUCUAUAGUAGUUAUAUGGAUGGCACAAUUAACUUAUUGUGGCUUCAGUGGAAUCGACCACUUCUUCUGUGAUUUUAUACCUCUAAGUAAGCUGGCCUGUAGUGAUACUUCACUGAUUCUGGAGGUAGCCCUUGUGCUAUCUUCUGUAUUUACUUUCCCUUUAUUUAUGUUGACCAUAGCAUCUUACAUUUGUAUCAUAUCAGCCAUUUUGAAAAUCCCCUCCACCUCUGGAAGACGAAAGGCAUUUUCCACCUGCUCCUCCCACCUUAUUGUGGUCACCAUUUUCUAUGGGUCCUUAAUGAUUGUUUACCUCCUUCCAGAUAGCCCCAUAAUGGGUGGCUCAUCCAAAGUCCUCUCAGUUUUCUACACCAUCCUUACUCCAAUGGUCAAUCCCCUACUGUACACUUUAAGGAACAAGGAGGUGAAGGAGGCUUUGAGAAAAUUAGUCCAGAAGUUCUUGUUGUCCCUCAAAAUUUAG